AUGUUUUACGAACAUAUCUCGAAUAUUCAUGGUUUCUCCUCUCUGCCUUUGUUGGUGGCCAGGGAUUGCCACUCGGUGAGCACUCGCGCCAGGAGCAAGUGAUCACAAGCACGGGGCUGCGGGUGGCGAGCAAUGUCACUCCAGGAGCGCCCAUGCCGAGAGCAAGUGAAGAGGUGCCGCGCGGAGGAGCCGCCGACUCCAUGGACUGCUACCGCUGGGCCUGUCCAAGCAACGUACUGCUGCUUGGCACUUUGGCGCUCCAAGUGGGCGCAGCCCUUCGUGCGGAAGAACGAGAAGGAGAAGAACGAGAAGGAGAAGGUCAGAUGAGGGGGAGAGCAGGGAACGCUGCGAGACUGCCGUGGGGACGACGACCAGGAGUGCUGACUGCUGCGGCAAUCAGCCCGCACGCGCGCGGUGACGCGGGACGCCUCUGCCGGUCUUCGGCACCCCCGAUGGCUCGCUCACUCUGCCCUCUCCCUUGGGCCUGCCACGCGAAAGCCGGGCCUCGCUAGCGUGCGCACUGCAGGAUCGCACACAGCGCACCCAGGGCGAGCCGAACCACCGCCCUCGGUUGCUUCUGGGGCGCUGCAGUCUUUGCCAGGCCUGCGCCAGCGGGAAGAGUUUCACGGAGGAGGGGGAGGAGGAGGAGGAGGAGGAGGAGGAGGGGGAGGAGGGGGAGGAGAGGUAACCUCUGGCAAAAUCGAUCAUGCCGUCCAUGACCACGCUGGCGUCGCCGCUUAACCUAGGUAAACCCAGACACGGUCGGGACGAUGAAUCACAAAGAUAUCUGCAAAGCCGCGCCGCAAAAUGGCCAUACGUCAGGAACGGGAUGCGUUGAAACGAUGGCCGAUGGCCUACAAAAGCGCCCAGCAAUGGUCGCAAGUUUAUAACGGGAUCCACAUAAUUAACAGUCCAGAGGAAGUUGCCCGCCAAGGAGCGACGGGAGCUGUGAUCGAACCGAGCGCUGUUGAUUUUGAUGUGCGGUAUGCGGUUGUUGCUUAUGCUGUCCACCACAGCGCAGCCAGCGGCCCAAGUGCGGCAGCAAGAGCGCCGGCCGUGCGGGCAGCCGCAGAGGCGUCGUGCUCGUCGCCCAGGUCGCAGCUACCCGAGAUUGCCCCGACGAGGGCCGCGGACGUGCUCACUUCCCAGGCGACGCACGGGGACGACUCGCCGAGGGCAUCGCAGUUGUAGACUCUGUUCUGCUCCUGGCACCCGGGCCUCUGAGCUGGCCUCCCCCACCACAUUCGGCACUGGGAUGUCCUUCGAGCACUGGGCCUCGCACAGAUGAGCACAUUCUCUGCGCAGCUUACAAAGUAGUCAAAGUCGCAGCUCCACCCCGAGAGGAUGAUGCCCUUGCUGUGCAAGGCCUCGCUGUAGUAGCGCAAGGGCCACCGCGCCGCCCUCGCUGCGGCCCCGCAGGAACACCGUAGAGGCUGUGGAGAAUGCAGACAGCAGGCUCUCGCGUUUGGGCACGAAGGCGUCCAUCUCCAGCGCUCGGAUACGGGCCCCGACUGUAAUUGCGCUCCAUGUACUCCGCAUACUUAGCGCCGUUGUUGAGGCCGUUCUCCGCACUCGUGGGGUACGUGAACGGCUUCGACCGAGGGCUCGCACGCUCGCUGUAAGCAUCCAUGGCGCCGCAGUAGUUGGAGGUGUCGAUCUCUGACGUGUUCUUCAAACUGAUGGCGCCCCUGUGCCCCAUCUCAGCCAGCUGCGACUGGCUGUCGGGGAGCACCACCACCCAUCCGAGCCCCGCAAGCGUGGCGGCGCAGGACACCGGGUUCCAACGCCGCCCCCGGACGCGCCGUGCAGCAACACCACCAGCCCGCUCGAACCAUCCGUCAUGCUCGCCAGUUUUGCGUACUCCGUGUCCGGGUCGCCGAUGCGGAAAGAGAACAUGCCGUCUGGACCGUCUGGCGCGCGGUCCGCGAAGUUGGACGCCGCCUCCCUCUGGCAGCACGCGGCCGGGAUGGCAACCAGUGCGUUGUCGCCAGCGUACUCGUACUCAGCCACGGUAUGGUCGAUGGCAGGUACCGUGAUGUUAACACCGUGGUAGGGCAUGUGCAUGUCGAAAGACGUCUGGCCUGUGCCAUCAGAACAAUUCGUGGUGCCUACGACGACCGCAGUAGCGCAUCCGAGGGUGAAGACAACUCCGCGCAUCUUCUGCUGUUCCAAGCUGGGUGGUUCAGUGCAGCAGCGCGUCUGGUUCUUUUCUGAUCUAUCUCGAACUUGGGCCAGAAUGGUCACAGAGGCGAUCUUUUUCUUUUUUUUGGGGGGGGGGGGGCAGGCAGGCUGCGCACAGACAGUACAUAAGGGCUCCCAACUUCGCGCUUCGCGCUGCGCGAAGCGCGAAGCGCGAAUAACUUCGCGCUCUCG